AUGCCCGGGCCUGAGUUACAUUUGAAGCAUAGUGCAAAAAGUGGGCAUGAGAAAGUCACACAGAUUAGUACUGUCUAGGUAGCGCAUGUCAAUCUACAGUAUCAGGAAAAGGCUGAUUUCGAAUUGCUGAGUUGCGGAGUCACACUGGGAUCCUCAGGGUUUAGUUUCCGAGUCGUUGCCUUUUUCAGCUUUGCUCUGAUGCAUCACCAUCUUCUCCAGGGCAGCGUAGCUCUGCACCGCGCGCUCGUACACGGAGUCUCCGCUCGACUUUGCGAUGGCCGCAGCCUGUUCCGGGUAGUAGAGGGAGGCGCUCACGGUCAUCAGGCCCACCGGGUAGAAGAGCUUUUUAAGCCGGGAGCCUCUGGCAAGAAACAGUCCCAGGACACCGGUGAAGCCGAUAACUGCUGCCCGGGGAUAGAAUUCCUUCGGGGGGUUCUUCAAGUAGGCGUAGGUAUCAUGCCCACACUUGACAACACUUUGAACUCUGGGUUUAAUUUUGUCAUAGGUGCCCUGACACCACUCCGUGUAUGGCUCUGUUGACUUCCUGAGUGUGGCGACACUCUGCUCUAGCUGACCCGCUUCGGGCUCCACAUACUGAGACUUCUGCGAAGGAGCGGUGUACAAAGACAGCUCAUCCCGGAGUAAAGGGCCGGGUCGCUCCGUCUCCCCGUCAGCAGCAGCAAAUACGGUGAUCGGCAACAAACUCGCAGCUCCCGGCAUUGCGCUACCUGUCACCUUCAACAUGAUCCCUGAGGACCAUGCAUUCGCUACGGUGUCUGAGGAGGGACACACGACUUAAUUAGCUAGUACUCAAAGCCAUAACCACGCCGCCUUUAGUUGACUUAUGACAAACGCUGUUAAAACGCUUUAAAGCACAAAUAUCAAUGGCAAGCUAGUAUUAGGAUAUGUUUCAUUUAUGUCGUAUUGUUAUUAACUUUUUUUAGUCCCUGGUUCCCAUGGCAGCCCGGAAGCCUGGUCGUCUCCAUGGAAACAGAACGUGUCAACAGCAACAGUCCAAACUGUCUGUUAGCCAGCGUUACAUAUUCAGGCUAACACUAGUUUUUAUUGGAUAGUUUUUGCAAUUUUUAAGUGUUGUCGAUGCGAGGGAGUAGUACUGCUUUAAGAAAGGUAAAAGUAAAUUUCUGCUAUUCUGAAUGGAGUGUCUUGGAGUGUCGUCCGUUCAGAACCUGAAUGAUCUGUCUGCCUUGUUAGCGACUCAGCAGGAUGAUGACGAUGAUGAAGACUGUAAAAAUGUGACAGCUUGUGCACAGAUGGGCCCUGGACACAUUGGCCCCCCACCCAAAAAAGAUAAAGAAGUGUCAGCUGGCCAUGUUAAGAAAAACAGCAAAGAUAUCUGGAGAGAGGAAGAGGUGGCUGAGGGCUCCCAGUAUGAUGAUCUUGCUGACCCGCGGCCACAGCCUGAGUAUGAAAUAAUCCUGAAGCAGAGUGUGGGGACUGAGGAUCUGUUCUUGGGCUUGAACAGAAAGGACCCAUCCUCCAUGUGCUGUGAAGCAUUGCUGGUGAAAAUCAAACUACCAGACACUAAAGCAACAGAUGUGGUCCUGGAUGUAAAGGAAAAGUUCCUUGAUCUACGGACGUUAAAAUAUAAACUGGGUCUUCAUCUCCCACAUCCAAUCCACAGCGACAGGGGAAAGGCUCAGUUCUUCAGUGAGAGGGAGGAACUGGAGGUGACUUUACUAAUGAAACGCCCCAUGGAUGUUAUCAAUAUGCAAUGAGAAAGCAUGACAAAAGCCAACAAGUAUUCAAAAGACAUAGAGCAGAUCUGAGACCAGUGUACAGUGGAGAUAACACGCACGCUGAUUAUGGGUCAAAGAAAGAGAUGGUUAGAGAAAUGAUCAGCAUAUGCAUAAACUCUUUGUUUUCUGUAAUUCAUGUUCACAUCUGUUUUAACAUCUGUUGUUAUCAUUCCAUUGAGAAUUAAAUAUGGUUUUCUAAUAAGUGUGUCUUGUUAUGUGAUGCUUUAUUGUUGGGUGACAGAUUGUUGUAGAUGGCAAACCCAGGUAAGCUUUACCCAUAAUUGUAGGCUUAUAUUUUAUGAAUGGUACACUAGGGUGUAA